AGAAAGAGAGAAUAUUGUUGAUAUAUAUGUCCAAUUGUCCAUUGGAGAAGAAAGAGAGAAUAUUGUUGUUGUAUAUGUAACGGUAUUGAUUGAAAAUUCCCUUUAACAGUGAGGAUUAUGUGGUCUGAUCAAAAGGUUAACUCAGAAGACUUGUUCUGCCACGAGACAGAGAACUAAAGAUGAUCAGGUUGUUUUUUAACUUUUACCCAUGAAUGUAAGAACAGAAGCUUUUGUGUUUAGCAACUAUGCAAAAUCUCAGUGGUUGUAUGGCUUUCUGGUAAAGGGGAAUUUCGCUUAUAGUUUGAUGGAUGGUGGGUUGUUUAAGGUAUUUGAUAUCUGUUAAAAAAUGUUGUGAAGUUAGCACCUCGAAACCCUGUCAAAAGGGUUUAAGGACAAAAUUUAAGUUUUGAUUUCAUUCUUGCUGUGGGUUUUCUCUUUUGGAAGGUUUUGGCUAUUAAUCUGUUAUUGUUAAUGGGUGGAGGAUGAUAAUCGCUUACUGACAUUGAUACAAGAAACUUGAUGGGUAUGAAGAAUUUUCAAUCUUUGUGUCAUUUUAAGAAAAAAUAUUGACUACCUUAUCUUCUGAUAGAGUGAUAGAUUUUAGAAUUUUGUUUUUGUAUACUUCAUAGAUUUAUUCUCUUAAAAUAUCUUGGAUGGCAGAAAAGAGCAUUCACUCAAAGUUAGUUUCUUGCCUAAUUGUCUCGUCAAUGUUCCUUUUGAUCCUUUCUUCAUAUCUCCAUUUUCAACUCGGCAAUAAUUUAUCAGUUUUUAAGUCCAUUCUGGUUAAUAGUUCAUCAUCUUACUUCAAUGCCAAUGAUGGAUCCCUUCCCUCUGGCUAUUUGCCUGAACAACCCAUUGGAAGGCAAGAGGUGGCUUGUCAAACAUCCGAUUCUGGCAAGAGAGACAGUGCCUCAGAAGGAGGCAGAAGGGGGGCCUGUGACCCGAAUCAGGCCCUUCUUAGGGUAUAUAUGUAUGACUUGCAUUCAGAUUUUCACUUUGGGUUAUUGGAUUGGAGUGGCAGUGUGAAUCAAAUAUGGCCAAAUGUUAGUAACCCAAGUCAAGUCCCUCGGUACCCAGGUGGAUUAAACUUGCAGCAUAGCAUUGAGUACUGGCUCACCCUGGAUCUUCUGUCUUCAAACACUCCAAAUGUAAUGAGCCCAUGCACUGCUGUCAGAGUUCACAAUCCAAAUCAAGCAGAUAUAUUUUUUGUGCCAUUUUUCUCAUCUCUGAGUUACAACAGGCAUUCAAAGCUUCAGGGAAAAGAGAAAGCUAGUGUCAAUAUAAUGUUGCAGGAUAAAUUGGUGGAGUUUUUGAAGGGCCGGGAUGAGUGGAAGCGCUUGGGUGGGAAGGAUCAUCUGAUUGUUGCCCACCAUCCAAAUAGCAUGUGGGUUGCAAGGAGGAAGCUGGGUCCUGCUAUGUUUGUGCUUGCGGAUCUUGCAAGACUACCUAUUGAAAUAGCUAACAUAGAAAAGGACGUGAUUGCACCUUACAAACAUAUGGUUAAGACCAUUCCCGCUAGUGACUCAGCCCCUUUUGAAGACCGCCCCAUACUGGUGUAUUUCCAAGGUGCAAUUUAUAGGAAAGAUGGUGGAGCAGUUCGUCAAGAACUGUACUACCUUCUCAAAGACGAGAAAGAUGUGCACUAUGCAUUUGGAAGCAGCAAAGCAAAUGGAGUGAACGAGGCAGGGCGAGGAAUGGCCUCAUCCAAAUUCUGUCUGAAUAUUGCGGGAGACACCCCUUCCUCAAAUCGCCUCUUUGAUGCCAUUGCUAGUCACUGUGUCCCUAUAAUAAUUAGUGAUGAGAUCGAACUACCAUUUGAAGAUGUUCUGGACUACUCAGAGUUCUGCAUAUUUGUUCGUGCAUCCGAUGCUGUGAAAAAAGGUUAUCUUCUGAAUCUUCUUAGAGGAGUUGAGCAAGACAAGUGGACCAAAAUGUGGGAAAGACUGAAGGAGAUUGCACAAAACUAUGAGUAUCAGUUUCCAUCUUGGCCUGGUGAUGCUGUCAAUAUGAUUUGGGAGGCAGUUUCACGUAAGAUAUCUUCGAUAAAAUUUAAAGUUCACAGGAAGAACAGAUACCGCGGAUCUCAGGUGACCCAUUGAUUUUAUGAACACUCACCUUGGAAGAUAAAAGCAUUACUACCUCGUCUACGAAGAAGAAAAACAUCAGAUCUCUGGUUAGUCUCUGCAUUCUUCCUAAAAUAUACGAAUUUAGUUUUGGAUAAAGAUAUGCAUACCUCUGUUUCUGUAACCAUUUUUUUUUACAAAGCUCUUGUAAUGUUAAUUUGGAUUCAUAUUGCAGUUCUAUAUGCAGGAUAAUAAAUUCGGCCCUCUUUUAUGUUUACUUUA